AUGACAAUUUCAAUGAGCAGUAUAGCCUUGGAUACUUCUACAAAAACUGUAUUGAUGCAACUGAAGAUGAUACAAAAACGUUCAAAUGAUAUCGAAGCUUUUAAUUCCACAUGGAAGGGGCAUAAUUAUAGCUAA